AUGUUGGUUAAUUUCUUAGCAGAAAGAAAAACCAUCUCUUAUUCUGGGUGCGCAACACAAAUGUUCUUUUUUGGCUUUUGUAUACUUGCUGACUGUUAUUUCCUGGCUGUGAUGGCGUACGAUCGCUACGUGGCCAUCUGUAACCCACUGCUCUAUAGGGUUGUCAUGUCCCAAAGAGUCUGUGUCUAUCUAGCUGGAGGAUCCUAUGCAGUGCCCAUUGUACUUACAUCAGUCCACGUUGGCUUAGUGUUCAGUUUACAGUUCUGUUCCAACACUAUCAAUCACUUCUUCUGUGACAUCCCGCCAAUCCUGAAACUCUCCUGCUCCAGUACCGAUAUCAACGAGCUUGUGCUGUUUGCCUUAGGUAUCUUUGCUGGACUCAGCACCCUGAUCUUCAUUCUUAUCUCCUACUUGUACAUCCUCUCAUCCAUCCUGAGAAUCCGUUCUGCUGAGGGCAGGCAGAAAGCCUUCUCCACUUGCACCUCCCACCUGACAGCUAUCACUUGA